GCCCGAGAUUCUAAUAAUAGCUGGUAACAAAAUCUAUCACCACUGAGGCAAGAGACCUGGUUCCAUCCCGCGCACAAUCCUGCAAUUGUCUCGGUAGGAGAGAGAGCGAGGGUUGCCAUCAUAAACGAAAACAACAUUUGUGAAAGUGAAUCGAGAAGAGCAGUGUGUGCGUUUAUCAGGCGCAGGUAUUUUUAUUUACCUUCCGGAGCAGACAACACCCGCGUGAGCGAAACUGCAAAAAUUUGACGGGUAUGAUAUUGAAUGGACACGAGGGGACGUCUAAGUGUCGUCUAUGGCCGAGUCCGUUGGUAAGCAAGCGCUCUCUGCAGUGACGGAGGGGCAUCAUCAUCACCAACAGCAGCAACCGCCGCCACCACAAUAUAAUAACAGGAAUCAUCAUCAGCAAUCAGCCGCCAGCAGCAGCAACAGCAGUAGUAGUAGUAGUAGCAGUAAUAUUCAAAACAGUAGCAGCCGAAGAUCUAGGGUUAGAUCUACACAGAAGCCUUCGUCACAGCAAUUCGACGCAGACUACCGAAAUCCAGGUGGCAAUAGUUCUGGUAGAAAACGCAAGCACGAGGAAGGAGACACAUCCCUCAAUCGUACGGCGCUUGUACAUGAGCAAACUUCAGCACCUUCUCCGGUAGCUUUUCGAACGCGUUCGCGAACGAUUUCGAAGGAAAUUCCCCUACUCGGUAGUCAAAUCCAGCAGGCACCGGUCGACAUCAGAAACAAACGUUACAGCCUCCCAGGUAAAGCCGCCCGGCACAGCAGCAGUAACACAUCUUUACAUGAUAGUACAAAUAGCACUAGCAAUAGUAAUUCCACCGGAUCCACAUUAAUCGCUACAGCAGCCACUGUUUCCACACUCACCGCUUACCCGGCCUCAGUGCUGACGACGCUGUCGAACAGUAGCUCGUCGCUAUCUUCACUCACUGAGGUAAUUAUUCCAUCGUCUACCGCAAGCAAGCGAUCCAGUAGCCACCAACAGUCGCAGUUAGAGCUAGAUUGUGAUCGCAGCAGCACCAGCAGCAGUCGUGGAGACAGUGUCAGUUCAAUCGCCUCCUCAUCACGAUCGAUUGAGAAGAAGAAACGUAAAAAGGGGGGAAGUUCCCGGUUGGCGAAGAAGAUUGUCGAACGUCUCUUCAAGGAGGAAACGGUAGAAGAACGCAGACAGAGUAAGUCUAGUUCUAGCAGAACUAACAAAUCAACUGAUCACCAGCAAUUCAAUACGGUGGAAGAGGGACGAAGUUUACGUUCCCACCAUAGUUCGGACACAGGGUCAACAGUAGUACCAACAGCCACAGUACCGAAAAAGCGUCAGAAAGUGGGGGACCAACAUCCGGACAGUACGGGCAGUAGCCAUAAGGCCCCGAACCUGGGGGCACGUCUAGCUCGUAGCAGCGGAGGUAGGGAGCCCCAUCAUUAUCAUCAACAGCCCCAGCAACAGCAGCACCAGCAGCAGCAUCAUUCCGGUAGUCACAUUGGUAGCACUAGUGGCAGUAGCGGUAGUGGUAGUCAGCACAGCAGCAGCGGCGGCACACAGGGGCAACUACCAAGUGGCCUGCUAAGACGUAGUUCUCGUGGCAAAAGUUCUCACCAAUCCGCAACAACGGGUUCUUGUGUCAGCUCGAACACCGCCAAUCCCAGCCAAAACCAGCAGCCACAAUCUUCACGUUCGGGUAGCCAUCGAGGGGGUGGAUCCGGCAGCACCACAUCGGCUGGAUCCUCCGGUGCUACUGUCAAGGGAUCCUCGUCCUUCAAAGGUGCCUCCUCCUUUUCAUCGGUAGCCAACAAUAAUAAUUCCACAUCGCUCGUCUCCGUGGUAGCUUCUGGUUACGAUCCAACGGCAGCAGUAGCAGGUCCAUCGAGCACAGCAAUGGCCAAUGAUGGAUCCCGUAAUAAUAACAACGACCAUCAUCACCAGCACCAGCAGGGUUCCUCUGCUUCGUCGCAUCCGUUCAUCAAACUACACAAGACAACAAGUUUAGGAUCAGCUUCGGGCAGCACCUCGGCUCCACUCGAUGUAAACAUGGUGAAUGUAUCCGCCAACGCUGGCAGUUCGGGUGGCGCUGCUUCAAACUCUACAAGCCUGGGCGCCUCAUCGGCUGUUCCUCAUCCUGAUUCAGAAAGCGAUGACAGCGAAGUUGGCCGGCUCCAAGCGCUUCUGGAAGCACGCGGUCUGCCACCGCAUCUCUUCGGUGCGCUAGGACCCCGUAUGCAUCAUCUCUUGCACCGUACAAUGGGCGCUAACAGUAGCUCGAAAGCGCAACAGCUGCUCCAAGGACUCCAGUGUCAAGACGAAAGUCAACAGCUUCAAGCUGCCAUCGAAAUGUGCCAAAUGUUGGUCAUGGGCAACGAGGAUACGCUAGCAGGGUUCCCCAUCAAACAGGUGGUUCCGGCACUGAUUACACUGCUGCGAAUGGAGCACAACUUUGACAUCAUGAACAACGCUUGUCGUGCACUGGCCUACAUGUUGGAGGCCCUGCCACGUUCUUCCGGCACAGUGGUCGAUGCAAUUCCAGCAUUUCUCGAGAAACUUCAGGUUAUCCAGUGUAUGGAUGUAGCCGAGCAAAGUCUUACCGCGCUUGAAAUUCUCUCACGCCGCCACAAUAAAAGCAUCCUGCAAGCGAACGGCGUUUCAGCUUGUCUUACCUAUCUGGACUUUUUCUCAAUCAAUGCUCAGCGUGCGGCCCUGGCCAUCACCGCCAAUUGCUGCCUCAAUCUACAUAGCGAAGAGUUUCACUUUGUGAAAGAAUCCCUUCCCCUUUUGGCGCGACUCCUUGCCCAGCAGGACAAGAAAAGUGUGGAAAGCAUAUGUACAGCAUUUUAUCGUCUGGUGGACAGCUUCCAGCAGGAUUCCACAGUACUGCAGGAAAUCGCAAGCAUGGAACUGCUCAAAAAUUGCCAGCAACUGCUGGUGGUCACCCCUUCGGUUCUAAACUCUGGAACAUUUACCAACGUUGUCCGAAUGCUCAGCGUUAUGUGUGCCAACUGCCCCGAUUUGGCCAUCACUCUUCUGAAAAACGACAUUGCUUCGACGCUGCUAUAUCUUUUGACAGGUUCGGCCGAUCUGGUUACUUCGGACGUUGAACUCAUACCCAGAAGUCCAUCGGAGCUGUAUGAGAUUACCUGUCUGAUUGGAGAGCUAAUGCCACGACUUCCCACCGAUGGGAUCUUCGCGGUGGAUUCUCUCCUCGAGCGAACACAUGCCAACGUGCAGGAUACCGUUCAGUGGCAGUGGAAAGACGACCGCGCUGUAUGGCGUCCGUAUUCGUCGAUCGAUUCGCGAAUGAUUGAGGCUGCUCACUUGAAUUCGGACGACGAAAUUAGCCUUAGCACUUUGGGACGCACGUACACAAUUGAUUUUCAUUCGAUGCAACAGAUAAACGAGGAUACCGGGACAACCCGGGCCGUCCAGAGGAAAAUCAACCAUACACUAUUGGCGGCACAACAGCAGGGGGUGAUGGUCAUUGGUACGGGCCCAUUGUCGGUUACAGCUGCUACUGGUUCGUGCGAGACUGGCGAAGGUAGCUCCGCAAGUGUCCAUUCAAGUGGCGGCGGUACUGGUAGUGUUAAUCUAGCUACGCGUCCUCCGAAUGCUACGCGAGAUGCCCGGAUAGCUUGCCUCAAGGAGGAACGUGGUUUGGCAGCUGAGUUUAUCAAAAAUCUGUUCUCAGUGCUGUACGAAGUUUAUAGUUCAUCGGCAGGUCCAUCUGUUCGGUAUAAGUGCCUGCGUGCACUCCUGCGAAUGGUAUAUUUCGCCAACGGUGAUCUUCUACGUGAAGUUCUUAAGAAUCAACUCGUGUCGUCACACAUCGCUGGAAUGAUGGCUUCUAAUGAUCUCAGAAUUGUGGUGGGAGCGCUGCAAAUGGCGGAAAUUUUAAUGCACAAGCUGCCGGAAGUGUUUGGCAUGCAUUUCCGUCGCGAGGGCGUAAUGCAUCAAAUCAACCAAUUGACCGAUCCAACGAUUCCGAUUUGUGCUGCUCCGUCACCCAAAUCGGGAGCCCAAAGUGCACCAUCUUCGGCCACAAUUCACCCGAACAAUACGUUCGAUUUUGAUAGUGCCAUUGCCUCAAGUUCAAAGUCCGGUACCCAGGCGAUCGCUAUCGUCGGGGGAUCGGGUCCACACGUAAAGAACCUCAAUUCAGCAAUGAUGAUGGCCAGUAAAAUGAGUAUGUCCAUGCCGUCGACCAGUUCAACGCUGCUGCAUUCGCCAACGAAUGCAAAUAUUCCCGGAACAUCCGGUAGCUUCACCGCAAUCAAUCUUAAUGCAUCCACCAAAGCUCUGCACCACAAUCAUCAUCCCCACCAUCAUCAUCAGCAACAGCAGCAACACCAACAACAACAGCAUAUGACCGCAAGCUCACUUCAUCUCGAAUCUUUGGCCACCAAUAUCCAACCGAACAUACCGGGAGCAAUCGCAACUCCAAACAAUGGAAACAUUCUGUUGAAUGCAAUCUACAGUUCAGCGAUUCCAAUCAACCAACCUUCGGUUCAUCAUCAUCAUCACCAGGAAGCUGGCUCUAGCAAGCAAACUCAUCUCUAUCAAACGCACCACUUCCCGGAUACGUUUGCAUAUAACGCCGAGCAGGGAGUUCUCACCUCUCCGCUUUCGGUAACGUCCGGCAGUGGAUCCAGUCUGAUGACUGCAACGACCGUUGUUGCCCCUCACCAUGAUACCCGAUCUCACAGUCCAGGCCAGCUCAAAGUUUCGGAUAUUUUGAAACGUAAAGUUCCGCCGAAACGGAAAUCCCAGGGCAGCUCCAAGUCGAAGUCCCGCCAUGAUGACGCUGGUGGCUCCGGAAGCCAAGCAUCUCAAGCAUCCAUUCCCAGUGGGUCAACUGUUGCUGGCACAUCAUCAAGCUCAUCCACCUCCGUCAUGCAGGAACUGAUCAACAAAGCUACCACACUGGGAUCCUCAUCCGGGCGGAACACACCGUCGUCAAGUUCCCGAUCACGCUUCUCCGGUGCUUCGUCGAAGACCACUUCCUUCCUGGCAUCGCUUAAUCCGGCCCGUUGGGGACGCCAGUCAUCGUCCUCUUCGUCCCACCAUGCGAGCACUUCGUUCGGGAAGGAUGGAUCCAAUGCGUUGGCUAAAAGUCAAUCCAAUUCCAACCUGAUUGCGGCUGGAAAUCGCGAAAAGGCGCGCCAAUGGAUACGCGAGCAGUCGAUCACUUUCGUGAAUCGCUACUCGACAGACGGAGUGGGAACGACGGGUGGUUCACAGCAUCCGGCCUGCUCGAUUCUGUCCCGUUUAACAGGAGCCAUCCAGAAGCUGGAGGGUAACCAUGGGGAUUGUCUAGCUGCACUGAAAGAGCUGCGGGAUAUUCUGAUCGAGAGUGACAUAUCUCCCUUCGAGGUAAACCACUCUGGGCUCAUUCGGACGAUGCUGACCUUCAUGGCAAACGAUAGCAAUCAUCUGGUGGAUCGAGCGGACCGUCUGCGGAUGUUUCUGCAUGUGUUCGCCAAUUUGCCACUGGAUGGUAGCUUCUCGAGCAGCGUAGCACCACCGAUUAACAGCGCUCCGUUCAGUGCGUUCGUGGCCAAAUUGAAUGGUUGCGUUACUCAGCUGGAGCAGUUCCCGGUAAAAGUCCACGACUUCCCGGCUGGAGUUGGUGGUCGCUCGAACACAAGUGCUCUUAAAUUCUUCAACACGCAUCAGCUGAAGUGCAAUCUACAACGUCACCCGGAGUGUACGAAUUUGCGCCAGUGGAAGGGAGGAACCGUUAAAAUAGAUCCCCUCGCGUUGGUACAAGCGAUCGAACGAUAUUUGGUGGUACGAGGAUACGGCGGGAUACGGGUUGAUAGCGAGGAGGACUCUGAAGAAGACAUUGACAAUAUCGAUGCGGCUGCGAUGAUUUCGAUGGGUGGAUUGAAGCAUAAGCUACAGUUCCUGAUAGGGGAACAUGUGCUGCCCUACAAUAUGACAGUAUAUCAGGCGAUUCGGCAGUACUCCCCGCUCGUCAACGAUCAAUCCGAAACGGACACGGACACCGAAACACCCAUCGGAAGCGCAAGUAUAUGGGUUCAGCAGCAUACAAUCUACUAUCGCCCUGUGGAGGAAGACCCCAGCGGUGCUUCGAAGAGUGGCGCAUCCAGUUCGUCAAGGAAGAACAGCAAAAACUCACAAUCGAAAAUAUUGCGACGAAAACCGGAGUUCUGGAUCGAUGGAAUCGCGCCAGCAAUCGUUUCACCGUUGACACCUUUUCUAGCGUCCAAACUACCUGAUGUGGUAACGGUGCAGGAUGCUUCCCUGGAUGCUCUAUGCAUGCUACGCAUAAUCAACGCUUUGAAUCGUCACUGGGCCACGUUGUACUUCUCGGUUCGCCAGACAAACAUUAUUCUGCAAACUGAGUUUAUUCAUUCAAAGAUUGCUGCGAAGGCCAGCCGUCAGCUGCAAGAUCCUCUGGUCAUAAUGACCGGCAAUUUGCCCCAAUGGUUGCAGCAAAUUGCGGCUGCCUGUCCUUUCUUGUUCCCAUUCGAAACACGACACCUGCUGUUCUAUGCCGUUUCGUUUGAUCGCGAUCGUGCUCUACAGCGUCUGCUGGACACAACACCCGAUCUCAAUUCGGCCGAUACAAGCGAGAGGGUGACCCCUCGCUUGGACCGCCGCAAGCGUGCCAUUUCCCGCGAGGACAUUCUGAAACAAGCGGAAACAAUCAUUCAGGACUUUGGCCACUCUAAGGCUUUGCUAGAAAUCCAGUACGAGAACGAGGUCGGAACCGGUCUCGGGCCAACGCUGGAGUUCUACGCGUUGGUUUCAACCGAGCUGCAGCGCUGUGAUCUUGGCCUGUGGAAUGACUCCGACAGCUAUAAGAACAAUCAACAGUCAAACUCGAUAUCGGAUAAUAUCGUGAAAUCGACACAGAUCGAUGACGAUACGGCACCAGCUGCCUCCGCCGCUAACAACAGACUGUCGGUGUCACCAACAGCCACUCGCCAUCACUAUCAUCACCAUCAACAGCAGGACAGCGAUCACAACGUUAGUGACAGUAGCUUGGUUAUAAGCAACGACAACUCGCUGAAUAUGUUGAUCGAACAGUCGGACAAUCUGCUGCUGAGCAACAAUCCACAGCAGGCUGAAAUGGAGAAUAAUCAAACGCCACCACCUCCGACUCAACAGCAACAGCAUUCACUCGUAUCACCGGCCUCCCCCGGCAGCAGUGCAAUCGUUUCGUACGUGAAUGCCCCGCACGGGCUGUUCCCGAUUCCGCUUAGUAAAACGGCUAAAACUUCCCAGAUCUCACGUUUGAAGUACAAGUUUAAAUUCCUAGGCAAGUUUAUGGCUAAAGCUGUGAUGGAUAGUAGAAUGCUUGAUCUACCUUACUCGAUACCGUUCUAUCGAUGGUUGCUGACAGAGGAAGGCUCUCUCAGUUUGGCCGAUCUAGACCAGGUCGCACCGGAGGUGCAAGGUACCCUACUGCGGCUGAACGAGAUCGUUAAGCUGCGGGAAUUGGUACAAUCGGAUCCGAAUCUGGAUGCAAUGGAAAAGACUGAAAAGAUUGAAUCACUGGAUCUGGACGGCUGUCCGAUCACUGAUCUUGGUCUGGACUUUGUCCUGCCCGGUCAUCCGAACAUCGAGCUGAGACGGGGUGGACGCGACAUGCCGGUCACGAUUCACAAUCUGCACCAGUACAUUUCGCUGGUGACACACUGGUUCCUGGUUGAGGGCGUUUCGCGACAAUUUGAAGCACUGAGAGAAGGAUUCGACUCGGUCUUUCCGGUGAAUCGACUGCGUAUGUUCUACCCGGAGGAAUUGGAGAACGUGUUUUGUGGGUCCGGUCUGAACGCUAGCACCCAUCAACGUUGGGAUGCGCGGAUGCUGGCGGAAUGCUGUCGUACGGAUCAUGGGUUCACCCAGGAUUCGCAAGCAAUUCAGUAUUUUUACGACAUUCUCAGCAACUACAACCGGGACGAGCAGCGACUGUUCCUCCAGUUUGUGACCGGAAGUCCGCGGUUACCGACCGGUGGUUUCAAGGCACUCACGCCUCCGCUGACUAUAGUGCGCAAAAAAAUCGACGGUAAUCAAAAUCCGGACGACUAUCUGCCGUCUGUCAUGACCUGCGUAAACUAUCUCAAACUCCCGGAGUAUUCGAGUCGGGAAGCGAUGCGACAGAAGCUCAAACUGGCUGCCAGCGAGGGUAGCAUGAGCUUCCACCUGUCUUAAAAAGGCGUCAGCUCGGUAGAGGACAAUCAAAGAAAGAGAAAAAGUAAAACAAAAGCAACACAGCAAAAACCGGAAUGCUUAACAUAAUAAUACUAGUCGCAGUUUAUUCUUUCAACAUUUAAUUUCCAAAUCCGAACAGUGAAUUUUAUCGGUGUUUGUUUAAUUUCUUUACAACCAAUAAUGUUUUGUGACUGUGCUUUGCGCACAACGAACUUCCGAACUAGAUAUCCGUUUAUUGCAACCAAAUAAAACUAGUGAAGUGAAUACGUUUCAGACAAAAGAGGAAGAGAAGUGUUUAGUAGAAAAACAAAACAAUUAAGUUCUAAGCUAACAAUCGCACCCCGUUCGAUAGAUUUCCUCGCACAACUUGACUUGUUUGACUUUGAGUGUGAGGAAACCAUAUCCGGACCGGAGAAAGCGAACGAUGGAGACAGUGGAAAACAAACGCUGCGUCCCACCGGUAGAGCAAAAACUAACGAACACAAUAACUUAACUUACUUUAUUGAUUUUUUUUUCUUUGUUUUCCCCCCGAAACCAGGCUGUUUAAUUUUGUUUAUAUCUUUUAUUAUAAUAAUUAUAAUUCUUUUAAAA